GGUGGGGGGCCUGCCCGAGCCCACGCUGUCCUGGGAGAAGGACGGGAUGGCGCUGGACGAAGUGUGGGACAGCAGCCACUUCGCGCUCGUGCCGGGCCGCGCCGAGGGCAGCCGGGGCGUGAGCCUGGCGCUGCGCAUCCUGGCGGCGCGGCUGCCCGACUCGGGCGUCUACGUGUGCCACGCCCGCAACCCGCACGGCCACGCGCAGGCCGGCGCGCUGCUCCAGGUUCACCAGCCCCCCGAAAGCCCGCCCGCCGACCCCGACGGAGCGCCGGCGCCCGUGGUGGAGCCGCUCAAGUGCGCGCCCAAGACCUUCUGGGUGAACGAGGGCAAGCACGCCAAAUUCCGCUGCUACGUGAUGGGCAAGCCCGAGCCCGAGAUCGAAUGGCACUGGGAGGGCCGCCCGCUGCUGCCUGACCGCCGCCGCCUCAUGUACCGCGACCGCGACGGCGGCUUUGUGCUCAAGGUGCUCUAUUGCCAGGCCAAGGACCGCGGGCUCUACGUGUGCGCCGCGCGGAACUCCGCGGGCCAGACGCUCAGCGCCGUGCAGCUGCACGUCAAAGAGCCCCGCCUCCGGUUCUCGAGGCCCCUGCAGGACGUGGAGGGCCGGGAGCAGGGCAUCGCUGUGCUGGAGUGUAAAGUCCCCAACUCUCGCAUCCCCACGGCCUGGUUCCGGGAAGACCAGCGGCUGCUGCCCUGCCGCAAGUAUGAGCAGAUUGAGGAGGGCACCGUCCGGCGCCUCAUCAUCCACCGGCUCAAGGCCGACGACGACGGCGUCUACCUGUGCGAGAUGCGGGGCCGCGUGCGCUCCGUGGCCAACGUCACAGUUAAAGGGCCCAUCUUGAAGCGGCUGCCCAGGAAGCUGGACGUCCUGGAGGGGGAGAACGCAGUGCUGCUGGUGGAGACCCGGGAGGCAGGGACCGAGGGCCGCUGGAGCCGAGAUGGAGAGGACCUGCCGGCCACCUGCCAGAGCAGCUCUGGCCACAUGCAUGCCCUGGUCCUGCCAGGAGUCACACGAGAGGAUGCUGGCGAGGUCACCUUUAGUGUGGGCAACUCCCGGACCACCACUCUGCUCAGAGUCAAAUGCGUCAAGCACAGCCCACCGGGCCCGCCAGUGCUGGCAGAAAUGUUCAAAGGCCACAAGAACACCGUCCUGCUGACCUGGAAGCCUCCCGAGCCAGCUCCCCAGACCCCCUUCAUCUAUAGGCUGGAGCGGCAGGAGGUGGGCUCCGAGGACUGGGCUCAGUGCUUCAGCAUCGAGAAAGCCGGCGCCGUGGAGGUGCCGGGCGACUGCGUGCCCACCGAGGGCGACUACCGCUUCCGUGUGUGCACAGUCAGCGAACACGGCCGCAGCCCCCACGUGGUGUUCCAGGGCUCUGCCCACCUUGUGCCCACGGCUCGCCUGGUGACCGGUCUGGAGGACGUGCAGGUGUAUGAUGGGGAGGACGCUGUCUUCUCCCUGGAUCUCUCCACCAUCAUCCAGGGCACCUGGUUCAUCAACGGCCAGGAGCUACCAAACAGUGAGCCGGAGGGCCAGGUAGAGCCUGGGGCCUUGCACUACCAAGUGGAGCAGAAGGGCCUACAACAUAAGCUCAUUCUCCGGUCUGUCCAGUACCGAGACCACGGGGCCCUCGUUGGCUUCACCUGCCCUGGCGUGCAGGACUCGGCUGCGCUCACCAUCCAAGAGAGCCCAGUGCACAUCCUGAGCCCCCAGGCCCCGGUGUCACUGUCCUUCCUGACCUCUGAGCGAGUGGUUCUGACCUGCGAACUCUCUCGGGUGGACUUCCCGGCAAGCUGGUACAAGGACGGGCAGGAGGUGGCGGAGAGUGAGGCCCUGGUGGUGAAGGUGGAUGGCUGCAAACACCGCCUGAUUCUGCCCGCUGCCGAGGUCCGGGACAGCGGGGAGUUUGAAUGUAGGGCGGAGGGGCUCUCUGCCUUCUUCAGCAUCACUGUCCAAGACCCCCCUGUGCACAUCGUGGACCCCCGGGAGCACGUGUUCGUGCAUGCCAUCACUUCUGAGUGUGUUGUGCUGACCUGCGAGGUGGACCGGGACGAGGCCGACGUGCGCUGGUACAAGGACGGCCAAGAGCUGGAGGCAGGCGACUUCCUGGUCCUGGAGAAGGACAGGACCCGUCACCGCCUGGUGCUGCCCGCUGCCCAGCCUCCGAAUGGCGGCGAGUUCCAGUGCGUGGCUGGGGAGGAGCGUGCCUACUUCACCGUCACCAUCACAGACGUGUCUUCGUGGAUUGUGUACCCCAGUGGGAAGGUGUACGUGGCCGCCGUGCGGCUGGAGCGCGUGGUGCUGACCUGCGAGCUGUUCCGGCCCUGGGCGGAGGUGCGCUGGAGCAGGGACGGAGUGGAGGUGGCCGAGAGCCCCUCGCUGCUGCUGCAGAAGGAGGACACUAUUCGCCGCCUGGUGCUGCCUGCCGCCCAGCUUGAGGACUCCGGGGAGUACCUGUGUGAAAUCGAUGACGAGUCCGCCUCCUUCACCGUCACUGUCACAGAGCCCCCGGUUCGGAUCCUGUCCCCCCGGGAUGAGGUGACCUUGAUCGCCGUGACCUUGGAGUGCGUGGUGCUGCUGUGUGAGCUGUCUCGGGCAGACGCCCCCGUGCGCUGGUACAAGGAUGGGCUGGAGGUGGAGGAGAGCGAGGCCCUGGUCCUGGAGAGCGAUGGGCCCCGCCGCCGCCUGGUGCUGCCUGCUGCCCAGCCUGGGGACGGGGGUGAAUUCGUGUGUGACGCUGGAGAUGACUCUGCCUUCUUCACGGUCACUGUCACAGCGCCCCCAGAGAGGAUUGUGCACCCGGCAGCCCGCACCUUGGAGCUGCAGUUUCUGGCUCCUGGGCGCGUGGAGCUGCGCUGCAAGGUGUCCCCAGCCGGGUCGCAGGUUCGCUGGUACAAGGAUGGGCUGGAGGUGGAGGCGUCUGGCACCCUGCAGCUGGGUGCUGAGGGGCCCGCCCGCACCUUGACCCUGCCCCACGCCCAGCCCGAGGAUGCUGGCGAGUACGUGUGUGAGACCCGAGAUGACGCUGUCACCUUCAACGUCAGCCUGGCCGAGCCCCCCGUGCAGUUCCUGGCCCCAGAGACGGCCCCCAGUCCACUCUGUGUGGCCCCGGGAGAGCCGGUGGUGCUGAGCUGUGAGCUCUCGAGAGCCAGUGCCCCUGUGCUCUGGCACCACGAUGGGAACCUGCUACAGGAGGAUGCGGGCCUGCAGCUGCGGGCAGAGGGGCCCCGCCGCCUACUGUGCAUCCAGGCUGCAGCCCCUGCCCAUGCCGGCCUCUACACCUGCCAGUGUGGGAUGGCUCCAGGGGCCCCUAGCCUCAACUUCAUGGUCCAGGUGGCUGAGCCCCCUGUGCGGGUGGUGGCUCCCGAGGCAGCCCAGACGAGGGUCCGAAGCACCCCAGGCAGGACCCUAGAGCUGGUGGUGCACCUCUCCGGGCCAGGGGGCCCCGUGCGCUGGUACAAGGACGGGGAGCGCCUGGAGAGCCAGGGCCGGGUACAGCUGGAGCAGGCCGGGGCCAGGCAGGUACUGCGGGUGCAGGGGGCACAGAGCGGGGACUCGGGCGAGUACCUAUGUGAUGCGCCCCAGGACAGCCGUAUCUUCCUCGUCAGGAUAGAAGAAUCUCCACCUGUGAAGCUGGUCUCGGAGCUGACACCAUUAACCGUCCACGAGGGUGAUGACGCCACGUUCCGCUGUGAAGUGUCCCCACCAGACACCCACGUCACCUGGCUGCGCAACGGGGCCAUUGUCACUGCAGGGCCCCAGCUGGAGAUCGCUCAGAACGCUUCCAGCCACACACUGACCAUACGAGGCUGCGGGCUCCAGGAUGCGGGAACUGUGACUGCCCAGGCAGGGGGAGUGACCACCAGUGCCCGACUUCACGUUCGAGAGGCUGAGCUGCUCUUUCUGCGGAGGCUGCAGGACCUGCGGGUGGAGGAAGGCCAAGACGUGUGCCUCGAGGUGGAGACUGGCCGAGUGGGUGCGGCCGGGGCAGUGCGUUGGGUGCGUGGCGGGGAGCCCCUGCCCCAUGACAUGCGGCUCUCCAUGGCCCAGGACGGCCACACCCACCGCCUCUUCAUCCACGGCGUCGCGCUGGCCGACCAGGGCACCUACGGCUGCGAGAGCCGCCAUGACCGCACUCUGGCCAGGCUCAGCGUGAGGCCCAAGCAGCUGAGGGUGCUGCGGCCCCUGGAGGAUGUGACCAUUACCGAGGGGGGCAGUGCCACUUUCCAGCUGGAGCUGUCCCAAGAGGGCGUGGCCGGGGAGUGGGCCCGGGGUGGAGUCCGCCUACAGCCGGGGCCCAAGUGCCACAUUCACGCCGAGGGCCGCAGCCACUGCCUGGUGCUCAGUGGCCUGGGCCUGGCCGACUCCGGGUGCGUCUCCUUCACCACCGAUGCUCUGCGCUGUGCAGCGAGACUCACUGUAAGAGAGGUCCCAGUGACUAUUGUGUGGGGACCACAGGACCUAGAGGUGACUGAGAGCGACACAGCUACAUUCGAGUGCGAGCUGUCCCAGGCCCUGGCUGAUGUCACCUGGGAGAAGGAUGGGCGCGCGCUCUCCCCGAGCCCCCGACUCCGGCUGCAGGCCCUUGGCGCGCGCCGCCUUCUGCAGCUGCGACGCUGCGGCCUCUCCGACGCCGGGUCCUACAGCUGUGCGGUGGGGACGGUCCGGGCCGGGCCUGCCCGCCUGGUGGUGCACGAGCGCACAGUGGCUGUCCUUUCGGAGCUCGGAUCGGUGCGCGCCCGGGAAGGCGACGGCGCCACGUUCGAGUGUACGGUGUCGGAGGCCGAGACCACCGGGCUCUGGCAGCUCCGAGGCCGCCCGCUGAAACCCGGAGGCCGCGUCCGCAUCCGGCAGGAAGGGAAGAAACACAUGCUGGUGCUGAGCGAGCUGCGCCCCGAGGACGCCGGAGAGGUCCUAUUCCAGGCCGGACCCGCCCAGUCCGCGGCCCAGCUGGAGGUGGAGGCUCUGCCGCUCCAGAUAUCCCGCCGGCCCCCUCGUGAGAAGACUGUGCUGGCCGGCCGCAGGGCAGUGCUGGAGGUGACAGUGUCCCGCGCCGGGGGCCACGUGUGCUGGCUGCGGGAGGGGGUGGAGCUGAGCCCAGGAGACAAGUAUGAGCUGCGCAGCCACGGCCCCACCCACAGCCUUGUCAUCCAUGACGUGCAACCCGAGGACCAGGGCACCUACUGCUGCCAGGCCGGCCAGGACAGCGCCUACACUCAACUGCUGGUAGAGGGGAGCUAGAAGAACGGAGCCAGCCUCAGGCCGAGCAGAAACCAGGGCCCAUACUCUGGGCGUGGGGGCAGGCGAGCUCGCGGUGACAAGUCAAUAAAUGCCUACAGCCUC